CAUGUGAAUGCUUUUUCUGUUGCAGAAGGUGAACGUUGAACAUAAACUUAAAGGCUUCGCACUAUUGUAUAAAAGUUUGCAAAAUACAGAUUGCAACAAAAAGCGUCUGAUAUAAAAUAUAAAAUUGUGUCUUAUUUUGAAACGAGACUGUGCAUACACGAGGCAGCGCCUCUCUACAUGAAGAAUCUCAACACAACAUCGACAUCGCACCUUGUUUUCGCGCGCUUUUAAUGAUCAUGUGAAGAGGUGAUAAAAAACCAUUUUGACUUGUAGAUACCUUGAAAAGCCCUUGGAUUUAAUAGCUCUUAGAUGUGUUAAAGAAAAAUAAAAUGUUUCCAGAUGGAGUGAAUGGUGUUUCCGAGGCACAAGGCCACAUAACUGAGCUGGCUCAUCAUCAAACAACAACCGCCACUGGUGAAAACAGAUUGCUGGACAAUCCAGAAAAUGGACUUGUGGUAACUACUACGGUGUUGAUGAUACAGCAAAUUCAACAUGUACAUGCUUCUGCAGCUACUGUAACACAUCCCUGCGAUGCACAUUCUAGUAAUGCGCAACAAGGCAAUGCCCGACAGACAGACGUUUGUCAACCUAAAACUAAACCGUUGCCACCAGAAAACGACAUCGACGAUGAAGUCUUUCAUAAUUUCUUUCAGUCUCCAAAAUCGCAAUGGAGAAAAGAAUACGAAGCUUGCUCUCGGCAAGAUGAUAUGUUGCAGAAACCUUCUGUCCCUCCACUUGUGCCAAUGAAUAGGAUGGACCAGCUUUUCGAGGAAAUGGUAGACUUUGACAAAAGUGAAGAAAUAAUGGAAACUAAUGCAAUCAAAACAGCUCUGCUGAAGCAUCAGAGAAUGGCUCUCAGUUGGAUGACUAAGAGAGAGAACAAUGAGAAUAUGGCGCCAUUUUGGUCAAGAACAGCCGGUGGGUACUUCAAUCAAGCAACCUUGGUGUCACAGGCUGAAAAGCCAUUGCCAAUGAAGGGAGGCAUUCUUGCUGAUGAUAUGGGUCUUGGUAAGACCUUGGUUGCAAUUUCUCUCAUCCUUGGUAAUCAUAUUGGAGGAAAGCCAAUGUUUAAGAAAUCUAGAAAGCGACCAAAUGCACAUGAUGCAGACAGAAAGAGUUACUCUGUGGAAGGUGACCCUGUCAUGCAAGCAAGGAGAAGCAAUGGCCAGGCUGUUGAUGACGAUGCUGAUGAAGUGAAAGUUGUUAAAUUUAAGAGGAAGAAGGAAGGUUUUUUUAAGCCACAAAAAGUAACGCACAAGGAUGUAAAGCAACCAGGAUUCAAAUUCAGGCAGAUUUUUCUAAAAGAGAUAAAGAAAAAUGAAAAGGCUUUGUCAAAGAUGAAGAAGAAAAGCAAAAAGGGAAAAGUGAAAGAUGAACCCAAACAGUUAAAGACAGAGGAAGACUGUUUGCUUUUUUCAGACAGCGAUGAAGAAAUGGAAAAGCACUGCAUCAGCAAAGAGAUUGCAAACAUUGUAGACAGCCCAAGCCUCAAGGACUGCAGCAGACGAAAAUCAUUGUCCCAAAGAGACAAAUCAAGCGAGGGGACCUCUACUCUGAUAAUUUGCCCCAUGUCUGUUAUUUCGAACUGGACAACGCAGUUCCAGCAGCAUGUGGACCCUGAAUUGGAUUUGCAGUUGUAUCUUUAUUAUGGAGGUGACAGAGUUAAAGAUGUUGAGUUUUUGCAGCGGCAAGACAUUAUCCUCACAACAUACAAUACACUUGCCUAUGAUUUUAGACAGAAUAAUUCUCCUUUGCACACAAUCACCUGGCUGAGGAUCAUUUUAGACGAAGGUCACGUCAUACGAAAUGCCCGUUCUUCACAAAGUGCUGCUACGGUGGCGCUGCCUGCAAAGAGGAGAUGGGUGUUAACGGGCACGCCGAUCCAAAACAGAAUGGCAGAUUUGUGGACUAUUUUAAAGUUCUUGCGAUUCGAGCCUUUCACGGACAAAACAUGGUGGACAGACAUUUUGCUGUUACCGAUGCGAAACAGAAACCCAGAUACUUAUAACCGGAUAAGCAAACUCAUGAAACACAUGACCAUAAGACGCAUGAAGACUGACUUGAUUGAUGGCAAACCCAUCGUAGACCUGCCUGCCAAACGAGUUAUAAUCCAGGAAAUCACUCUGGAAGGAGAGCAGAAACGAAAGUACGACAUGAUGCAGAACCAAGGGAAACUAACACUGUCCAGGUUUCUAAGAAGAGGAAUAAAAUGUGUUCUGAGAAACUACGCUCAUAUCUUGGUGAUCAUUAUGCGACUUAGACAAUUAUGCUGUCACCCUUGGCUUUGCAAAGAUGUCGUAAGGGAGAUGGAGCAUGCAGUCAAUGUGCGUGCGCAGCUGGAAGAAUGGCAACAGCAAGAUAACGCAAAUAUAGAGGACGAAGCUGAUGGUGAUAAAGAGGAAAACGAGGGCCAAUUAAUCGAGCAGUUGUUGCAAGUGCUGGAAGCAGGUGACAGCGAGGAGUGUGCAAUUUGCCUGGACAACCUGAAUAAUGCAGUUAUUACCAGAUGUGCCCAUGUGUUUUGCUUUGUUUGCAUUGUCGAAGUUAUCAACACACAACUUGAAUCAUUGUGCCCACUGUGUCGGGGAGCUAUUUCUGAAGAGCAGUUGAUCAAGGUACCAGAAAAGAAGCAACCAGAAAGCAUAGCAAUACCGGACGACGAUGACAACGAAGACGACAACCAGCACUGGGAAUCGAGUGCCAAGGUUGAUGCAUUAAUUACGUCAUUGGUUGAGAUUCGAGCCGAGGACCCUUCUGUCAAGAGCAUCAUAGUUUCCCAAUUCACUUCAUUUCUAAACCUGAUACAGAUACAGCUGCGCAGGCGCAGAUUUCGCUACACCAGACUCGAUGGUUCAAUGAAUCAAAGGAGCCGCGCUGAGGCGAUUGAUAUAUUCAACGACCUCUCAGAUGAAUCACCGACCAUCAUGCUUCUGUCCAUGAACGCUGGUGGCGUGGGCCUGACGCUGACUGCUGCUAGUAGAGUUUUUUUGAUGGAUCCUGUAAGCCUAUUUUUGUCCUGUUUGCUUCAUCACUUUCUAAUCUUAUCGUUUCUAAGAAGAGGAAUAAAAUGUGUUCUGAGAAACUACGCUCAUAUCUUGGUGAUCAUUAUGCGACUUAGACAAUUAUGCUGUCACCCUUGGCUUUGCAAAGAUGUCGUAAGGGAGAUGGAGCAUGCAGUCAAUGUGCGUGCGCAGCUGGAAGAAUGGCAACAGCAAGAUAACGCAAAUAUAGAGGACGAAGCUGAUGGUGAUAAAGAGGAAAACGAGGGCCAAUUAAUCGAGCAGUUGUUGCAAGUGCUGGAAGCAGGUGACAGCGAGGAGUGUGCAAUUUGCCUGGACAACCUGAAUAAUGCAGUUAUUACCAGAUGUGCCCAUGUGUUUUGCUUUGUUUGCAUUGUCGAAGUUAUCAACACACAACUUGAAUCAUUGUGCCCACUGUGUCGGGGAGCUAUUUCUGAAGAGCAGUUGAUCAAGGUACCAGAAAAGAAGCAACCAGAAAGCAUAGCAAUACCGGACGACGAUGACAACGAAGACGACAACCAGCACUGGGAAUCGAGUGCCAAGGUUGAUGCAUUAAUUACGUCAUUGGUUGAGAUUCGAGCCGAGGACCCUUCUGUCAAGAGCAUCAUAGUUUCCCAAUUCACUUCAUUUCUAAACCUGAUACAGAUACAGCUGCGCAGGCGCAGAUUUCGCUACACCAGACUCGAUGGUUCAAUGAAUCAAAGGAGCCGCGCUGAGGCGAUUGAUAUAUUCAACGACCUCUCAGAUGAAUCACCGACCAUCAUGCUUCUGUCCAUGAACGCUGGUGGCGUGGGCCUGACGCUGACUGCUGCUAGUAGAGUUUUUUUGAUGGAUCCUGCCUGGAACCCAGCAAUAGAAGAACAGUGUUUUAACAGAUGUCAUCGGCUCGGCCAAACCAAAGAUGUUACAAUAAUUAAGUACGUCGUUAAAGAUUCAAUUGAAGAAAGGAUGCUGGAUCUGCAAGAUCAGAAACGUGAGCUCAUGGAUACAGCUUUUGGUUCUUCAAAUCAAACCGAGGAGCAACGAAUGCGAGGUCGUAUACAAGAGCUGCGGAAUCUAAUCGGGUUGUUUUGAUUGACAGAAAUAGCAAAAUUUCAGAAAUGUAUAUAUGUUAGUAGCAUAAAUAUUUUGAAUUUAAAUUGAAGAAAUGGGUAAUUAUCAUUCGGAUUUUCUGACAAUAAUUUUAUAAAAUUUCGUAUAGUAUAAAAAUGCAAAUGGUGACCGAGAGGCUUUUUCAACAUCAGUAACCAUGGAGGUCAUUAUGUUUAUGAUUUUGUUCAGCAUCAUCCACCCCAAGGUUUCACACGAGAGCCGAGUAACAACGCUAGAAACCGAAAGCUGCAGUCUGAAAUCGAAGGCCAGCUUGAUACACCCCCCCCCCCCCCCCUCCUCCUCAUCAAUCCUUAACAUUUGCCUAUAGAGUGGAAUUCAAUACCGUAUAUUGUGUUUGGGACAGAGGGCUAUUUGUUUUUGUCCGCCAAAAGUUCCCGUUUUCAUUUCUUCAUUAUAUUUUAAGGAGGGUUGCCUUUCAGCAAAGGCUGUUUUUCAAGGAGCCCUCUGGUAAAAACAUACAGAGAUUUGUAGACCCUCUUUCAUGAGAAGUUAUUGCAGCUUGGUUUCGUUAAAUUAGAUGGAAAUAUUUAGGACUUUAUGGGCGUCUCCUCUUUAGCUUUCCCCUUCUGUGUUGUUAUGAUAGGUAUUUAAUGAUUUCACCCCGCUAGCUUGCCCCCUCUCUGUACUGUCUGUGUUUUUAACCAUCGAGUAUGAUGCUCUUAACGUUGUAAAUAGAGUAUGUUCGUUCUAACUCACCGCUGAUCAAUCAGUACAUUCAAAGAUUUUAUUUAAACUACGCGUUAUGUUAUUAUAUGUAUAGAAAGAUUUUUGUGACUGUGUAGCAUUACAGAAAUUUGAUAAAGAUUUAGUUACUUCCAUGACAAAGUUAUAACAAAAUCUCUGAUAUCUUGAAAUACAUUGAAGCAAUAAGCAGUUUUGUUCGGUUUGCAAAAUUGCCCAAUUUUUUGCGCUGUCUUCAUCUUUUCUGUAUCAUUUUUAGGGGUGGACCGAGAGUACGAUGGGCUUGUUUGAAGAGUGCUAUAUUACAAGAAGUUAACUUUGUGAAUUAGUCAACGCGAAUUGAAAGAAUUUGAGUUUUUGAAAACCUAGUAAAUUCCACAUUCGCGUUAAUACACGCUCUCGUGAGUUUCACCCGUAUUGAUUAGGUAUGCAGCAGACCCCCGUCCAGUAGCUGGUCAGUAUUAACCUCCUCCGUUGGCUUUUUUGGAGGUGUCAAAUAAAAAGCAGGGGGAUCUUUGGGGUGUCGUAGCACCCCUAGAUAUCAUGCAGCAUCUCUACCUCUUGCUACUCAAACAAUUAUUUUGCUGUGAUCUAUAAUAGGAAAGGGUCAGUUCCACACAUUAUCCAAAGUGUGCUACUCAAAACAGCGUGUUUAUGUAUAACAGUGUUAAGAAACCACCAUCAUAGCUAUUCCAAUUACAAUUAAAAGCGCACAAGUUUCCUACAAAACAUUACCACAACAGAGCUCUGCACCUAUGUCUCUCGGUGAUGGUACAUAUUUCUUUAGGUGGGAUCAAAUUAUUUCGUUUGAGAUCGGUUUUAAAUCCUGCUUUCUUUCUCGAAGAAAAAACAAGUUGUGUUUUGCUUGGUAUGCAGAUUCAGAUUGUAGACCGUCUCCCAGUUGCAUUCCCAGUUGCUGCGAACAACAGGAUGAAAAGCUUUUCUCAAAUAAUCCGCAGUAAUUGGUUUACAUGUAAAGCCAGACCCUAAUUUCUGAUUUUCACGGAGAAUUGCUGUUGUUAGUCAACAUAACAUUCAAGGGACUAAUUUGCUUGACCACAUGACACUGAUAUUGACCUGUGCGAUCUAGAUUUUAA